AAAAAAAAUAUUUUUAAAAAAUUACAAAAGAAUCGCGAAUCCAAAAAUGGCUUCUCUGUCACUCGUGACUCUCCCCUCCCUCUUCGCUCCGAACCCCUUUCGAUUCCAAUCCCAAAACCCUAGAUUCUCCCCCCUCUCCUUCUCCCACCGAGGUCUCUCUCCUCGCCUCUCCAAUGGGGCGCGGCGCCGGCCGCGCGCCGCGUACGUGUCGGCUCCAGCCUCUGACCCCGACUCCGGCGGCGCCGCCGCCGGCGACGGCGCCCCCGCCGCGGCGUGGCUCUCCGCGGCCAACGCCGCCGCCAUUAGCUGGGCCGUGGUUUGGCCCCUUAUUUUGAGCCACAAGAUGCGGAUUGCGGCGUCGUUGGUGUCGCUUGUGGCGUGUACUACGUGUACUCUUGCCAUGCCCCUCUUCUCUGGGAAUUUUUUUGAAAUACUCAUUGGAAGAGGUUCUGAGUCUUUAUGGAAGCUUCUUUCUAAAGUUGCUGCUCUUUACAUUUUGGAGCCAAUUUUCACUAUCAUUUUUGUGAUCAACAUGACUACCAUCUGGGAGAAGGUGAUGACAACCCUACGUGGGCAGAUAUUUAGAAGAAUAUUGGUUCAAAAGGUGGAAUUUUUUGACCGCCACAAGGUUGGUGAAUUGACUGGUCUUUUGACAUCUGAUUUGGGUGCUCUAAAAGAUGUUGUUAAUGAAAAUAUAUCAAGGGAUCGUGGACUGAGAGCACUCUCUGAGGUUAUUGGUACUAUUUGCAUACUUUUUACACUGUCCUCUCAGCUUGCUCCUGUCCUGGGACUUCUAAUGGUAUCUAUAUCACUACUAGUAGCUGUAUUCAAGCGCUCAACCAUUCCUAUUUUUAAAUCGCAUGGAAUGGUCCAGGCAAGAAUAGCGGAUUGUGCAACUGAAACGUUUUCUGCUAUUCGGACUGUUAGGUCAUUUGGUGGUGAAAGGCGCCAAAUUUCAAUGUUCAAUAAUUUGGUACUUGCUUACCAGAAUAGUGGUAUAAAACUUGGCUCGCUGAAGUCUGCAAAUGAAUCAUUGACAAGAGUUGUUAUUUACAUUUCUCUGCUAACACUUUAUAUUCUUGGUGGAAGCAAAGUCAAGGCGGGUGAACUGUCUGUUGGCACCAUGGCUUCUUUCAUUGGUUACACCUUCACACUAACCUUUGCCGUCCAAGGAGGUGUUAAUACUCUUGGUGAUCUACGUGGCAUGUUUGCUGCUGCAGAGAGAAUUAAUUCUAUCUUCUCCGAGAUGGAAAUCGACGAAUCACUUGCUUAUGGUUUGGAGAAAGAGCUCCAACAGAAAAAUCUAGACCUUGGAUUGCUUUAUAGGGAAAGUUAUUCUGAGCAAAAUCAAGCUGUAAAUAUCCAUUACAUGUCGUCAUUAAAGUCAGGCAGCGAUUGUUACAGUUUAGCUCGGUCAGGUGACAUUUGCCUUGAAGAUGUCCACUUCUCUUAUCCACUAAGGUCUGAUGUCGAGGUCCUAAAUGGUCUAAAUUUGACAAUUAAAUCUGGAAAAAUAACAGCAUUAGUGGGACCCAGUGGUGCUGGAAAAAGUACAGUGGUUCAACUUCUAGCACGGUUUUAUGAGCCUACUAGAGGUCGCAUUACCGUAGCAGGGGAAGAUGUCAGAACAUUUGAUAAAAGGGAAUGGGCUCGGGUUGUGUCAUUGGUGAAUCAGGAUCCGGUACUGUUCUCAGUGUCUGUAGGGGAAAAUAUUGCAUACGGUCUACCAGACGAUGAUGUCUCCAAAGAUGACAUAGUAAAGGCCGCUAAAGCCGCCAAUGCUCACGAGUUCAUAAUCUCUCUUCCCCAGGGUUAUGACACACUCGUUGGUGAACGUGGAAGCCUCUUGAGUGGUGGACAGAGACAGAGAGUUGCUAUCGCACGAGCUCUUCUUAAGAAUGCACCAAUUCUAAUACUUGAUGAGGCCACAAGCGCUCUUGAUGCAACUAGUGAGCGGCUGGUGCAAGAAGCCCUCGACCAUUUGAUGAACGGAAGGACCUCUUUGGUGAUCGCACAUCGAUUAAGCACUGUACAGAAUGCACAUCAAAUAGCUCUUUGCUCCGGUGGGAAGAUCAUGGAGCUCGGCACACACUCUGAGCUGUUGGCUAAGGGAGGUCAGUAUGCAUCCCUGGUUGCGACUCAAAGACUUGCAUUUGAGUGAGCUUUAUACCCCGUUAUUUUUAUUCUGUUUGUUUUUUUCUUUCCAUAGAAAGAUGUGUUAUUAUUUUUAGAGAGCAUUAAUUUAAUAUAACUAUACUGGUGUAUAAAAGAAACCAGCUUGUUCUCUCCAAAUGCAGGAUAAAGAAAAGGUAAAAAAAAAACUUAAUACCUAACCUGCAAUAUGAUGUAUUUUGAAACACAUACUUUUAUAAGAUUCCAAUUUUACCACGUAA